GGGAGGGGAGCGUUCGGAGCGCGGCCGCUGGGCGGGCGAAUGGCCAGGAUGAGGCCGGCCGCUUUCGGUUUAACCGUCGUCCGGCAUGGGGAAACAAGAUACAACAAAGAGAAGAUUCUGCAAGGCCAAGGUGUAGAUGAGCCCCUCUCAGAGACUGGCUUCAGACAAGCCAAUGCAGCUGGCCUGUAUCUCAGUAAUGUAAAAUUUACUCAUGUCUUCACAAGUGAUCUGCUUCGGGCAAAGCAGACAACAGCCGCAAUUCUAAAGAAGAGUAAGUUCUGCAAAGAGGUUGCUGUAAAAUAUGAUGCAAGACUCAGAGAGCGGAAAUAUGGAGUGGCAGAAGGGAGGCCUCUGAGUGAUCUCAGGAUAAUGGCAAAAGCUGCAGGGGAGCAGUGUCCAUCUUUUACACCUUCUGGAGGAGAAACACUUGAAGAAGUAAAAGCACGUGGCAAGGAUUUUUUUGAACACCUUUGCUGUCUUGUUGCCCAAGAAGCAUGUCCAGAAAAUAAAGCUGAGACAGAAGGAAGUAGCACAGAAAUGGCAGGCGGAAGUUCUACCAGCUCAUUGACCAACCACCAGAGCAGACUGGAAUUUAAUUCCGACAGAGGUGCUGAAAUAUUGGAUGCCAACAUACUGGUUGUGAGUCAUGGGGCAUUUAUGAGAAGCUGGGUGGGCUAUUUCAUUUCAGACCUGGCGUGCACUUUACCAGCCACUUUGUCAAAGACUGAGCUGUCUUCUGUGAGUCCCAAUACUGGAAUUAGUCGGUUCAAUAUAAAACUAGAGAUGAGCGAGGACAGUAAACCUAAAAUCCACUGCGUCUUUCUUAAUAGAGAUGACCAUUUAGGUGAGAAGGUGAUGGCUGGAAACAUGGAGCUCUGAAACAUUAAAAUCACAAAGUUUAUGUAUGCAGACUGUAAAAGCAUAUUUUCUUUUAAAGCAUUUUAGUGGACUAGCCUGUUGGAAGGUAAAGGUCUUCUUGCUCAGGAGGGGGGAAAAUGGAGUUGAUUCAGUUUGGAAAGUUUGUAGCAACUGCUUAUUGGUAGCAUGCCAUACAGCCCAGUAUUGCAUAAAUGGAAAGCAGCACUUGUUUACUCAUAUACACGGCUGAAAUUACCUUAACUUUUUAGCAAGUGCUGUAGUAUUAACUGAAAAAGUUCUAUUUGUGCACAGAGAACUCAGUACGGUUACCCCAUGUAUUUACCGGAGGAUUAUUUGUCAGUGGUGACACUUCUGCAAAGCAAGAUUUCACCCUCUGGAGCCAUUCUAAACCUGGCUGCUUGUUUCAUUAUGCAUGAAGGAGCAUGAGCAAACAUGGAGCUGUGGCCACGUAUUUCCUCCCAACACUCUGCCCUUAUUUCUGCUGCACGAAGACUUCAAAUGGCUAAACCUGGAUACGUGUGGUUCACAGCAACUUGUUCACUGUAGCACUCAGGUGCGUAGCCCAGUUCUACAGAGAGCCUUGCCAUUCUGACACCCUUGAGCAUGCAUUUUCCCUCUGUUGUGUGAACCUUUAAUUUGUAUAAAUUAAUAAGUAAAUGAUUGGAUUUCAUUUUAUUUUGUACUAACUCACUUUAAGACAUUCACACCCUGGUCUUUUGUCAAAAAGGCUCUCAGAAUGGCAAAAAGUCAGUAUUGAGUCAGUCCCUGUCUUCAGGCUCAGAAUCUAAAAAGACAUGAGCCACAAG